CUUAGACACAGGAACCGGGCUCUGUCCAUUUGUAUAAAAGAAACGUUCUUUGAAGGACAAAUAUAUUCCUGUGUUGGUGUCAGUGUCAUUGAAAGAGGUCUGUUGAUGGAUAUGAACCAGUACCAGAUGAUGCUCUUUUCAGUUCUUACAACUGUAAAUCUGACUCCAGAGAAGUCAGUGCCUCAACAGCCAUGAACCUCACAGCACGUCACUGGCGCGCACGUAUGAGCGCUCCUUUCUCUCCCUCCCUUUACCUCAUCUCUCUCUCUCUCUCUCUAUCUCUCUCCCUCUCUCUCUCUGGCGUGCACUGAGCAGCAGCACCAGCAUGUAGCAGCAGCACCUGGAGCUGCGCGCACGUCUCCUCCUCCUCUUUCCACCAACCGACACUGGGAAUAUUUUUUAAUUUUUUUUAGGGAGGGUGGGGGUAUUUUUUUUUUUUUUUUUGGCUUUCGUUUUUAUUGUAUUUUUUAUUUUAAGAGGGGAACUGUGCGUGUGCCCGUGUGCUCGCCUGCUCCCGGUCGAUGCUCGUUGAGCAGGAAGCUUCCAUCUUGAGAGAGAAUCAUGGCGAGCGACUCCCCGGCGCGGAGUCUGGAUGAGAUAGACCUGUCUGCACUACGGGACCCAGCUGGCAUCUUUGAGCUGGUGGAACUGGUUGGAAAUGGAACCUACGGGCAGGUUUACAAGGGUCGCCAUGUCAAAACUGGCCAACUCGCUGCCAUCAAGGUCAUGGACGUCACGGGAGAUGAGGAGGAGGAGAUUAAAGCGGAGAUCAACAUGUUGAAGAAGUACAGUCACCACAGAAACAUCGCCACCUACUAUGGAGCCUUCGUUAAGAAGAACCCCCCUGGGAUGGACGAUCAGCUCUGGCUGGUGAUGGAGUUCUGUGGUGCUGGUUCAAUCACAGACCUGAUCAAAAACACCAAAGGCAACUCGCUGAAGGAGGAGUGGAUCGCCUACGUCUGCAGAGAGAUCCUGAGGGGUCUGACUCAUCUCCACCAGCACAAGGUCAUCCACAGGGACAUCAAAGGUCAGAAUGUGCUGCUGACGGAGAACGCUGAGGUCAAACUCGUCGACUUUGGUGUGAGUGCUCAGCUGGAUCGUACGGUCGGGCGGCGGAACACAUUUAUUGGGACGCCGUACUGGAUGGCACCGGAGGUUAUUGCAUGUGAUGAGAACCCAGACGCCACGUAUGACUUCAAGAGUGAUCUGUGGUCUCUGGGUAUCACAGCUAUAGAAAUGGCAGAGGGAGCUCCACCUCUGUGCGACAUGCAUCCAAUGCGAGCGCUCUUCCUCAUCCCUAGAAACCCCGCCCCUAGACUCAAGUCUAAGAAAUGGUCAAAGAAGUUCCAGUCUUUCAUCGACAGCUGCCUGGUGAAAAGUCACAGCCAGAGGCCGAGCACCGAGCAGCUGCUCAAACACCCCUUCAUCAGAGACCUGCCCAACGAGAGGCAGGUCCGCAUUCAACUCAAAGACCAUAUUGACCGCACCAAGAAGAGGAGGGGCGAGCGCGAUGAGACAGAGUACGAGUACAGCGGCCGUGAGGAGGAAGACGAAGAACGGGACGUCGGCGAACCAAGCUCCAUCAUCAACAUUCCCGGGGAGUCCACUCUGAGACGGGACUUCCUUCGUCUACAGCUGGCCAAUAAGGAACGAUCGGAACUGAUCAGGCGCCAGCAACUGGAGCAGCAGCAGAACGAGGAGCACAAGCGCCAACUGCUGGCCGAGAGGCAGAAGCGCAUCGAGGAGCAGAAGGAGCAGAGGCGACGGCUGGAGGAGCAACAGCGUCGAGAGCGUGAGCUGCGAAAGCAGCAGGAGAGAGAGCAGCGCAGGAGGUACGAAGAGAUUGAGCAGCUGCGACGGGAAGAGGAGAGGAGGCACGCAGAACGAGAACAGGAGUAUAUACGUAGACAGCUGGAAGAAGAGCAGAGGCAGCUGGAGAUCUUACAACAGCAACUCCUGCAGGAGCAGGCGUUACUGCUGGAGUACAAGAGGAAGCAGAUUGAGGAGCAGCGUCAGGCCGAGCGCCUGCAGAGGCAGCUGCAGCAGGAGAGGGCGUACCUGGUGUCACUGCAACAGCAGCAGCAGCAGGACGCACAGACGCGACCGCCACAGGACAAGAAGCAGUUGUACCAUUACAAAGACCAGGCUCCCAGCAGCAAUGACAAGCCAGCGUGGGCUAAAGAGGUGAUGCGUCGAGCUCAGAGCAACUCUCCUCGCAUCCAGCCCAAGAGAUAUCACUCCUUUAGGGAGACGCGUCAAGUCGACUACAACAGCCUCCUGCAGCUGCCGGGGUACAAGCCCCGCCAGCGCCCCAGACCCCCCUCAUAUCCUGCCCAUGUUAGCCCAUCCAGGGAUCUCUUGAAUGUGCCUCGAAUCCGGGUUACCUGUGUGCCUGGGUAUUCUGAUCCGCCGAUGCGUCGGCAGAGUCCUGAGUCCAGUGAGCGUAACCCGAACUCCAGGGGGCGCAGCCCAAGCCGACGGGUGGAGGAGCAUUAUAAGAUGAACAGACAGACUUCUCCUGCGUUGCAGCACCAAGUCUCCAACCGGAUCUCAGACCCGUUGUUGCCGCCUCGUUCUGAGUCCUUCAGCAGUGGAGGAAUUCAGCAGGCCCGGACUCCACCCAUGCACCGCUCUGUUGAACCACAGAUGGCCCACCUGCUGCAGGUGAAGAGUCACGGCCUCUCAGGCUCACAGUCCCUUUACGACCCCCAUGAUGUCUCCUCCUCCACCUCCUCAGCGUCACCCUCCCCCUCCCGGCCUCCCAUGCCCCGGCAGAACUCUGACCCCACCUCCGACACCCCUCCUCCCCCACCUCUUGCACGUCUGGCGCCCCCUCUCGACAAGCUGGACCGCAGCUCCUGGCUGCGGCAGGACGAUGACCUCCCACCUAAGGUCCCUCAGAGAACGACCUCCAUCUCUCCAGCGUUAGUCAGAAAGAACUCUCCAGGAAAUGGACCUGGCCUUGGUCCUAGAGCUGGAGCUCACCUCAUACGUGCCAGCAACCCCGACUUGCGACCGAGGAUGGACGUUUCCAUGGAGACACCGCUAAAGAGAACAAGCAGUGGCAGCUCGUCCAGCUCAAGCACCCCAAGCUCACAGGGAGGCUCCAAUGAACGAGGUCACUCAGCCGUGAAGACAGAAAGUUCCACACUUUCAUCACAUGACACCAAAGAUGACCCCAGAGAGAUGACACGACCGAGUCGACCUGCGGACCUGACUGCUUUAGCAAAAGAGCUAAGGGAGUUGCGACAGGGUGAGGAGACCAGUCGCCCGCCAGUCAAAGUCACUGACUAUUCCUCGUCAAGUGAGGACUCUCACAGCAGCGAGGACGAGGAGGGAGAGGGCGGAGCCAAUGAUGGAACGGUAGCAGUCAGCGACGCACCCCGCAUCAUGCCGGCAGCAAGUCAAAGUACAAAUGAGUCUCUGAAUGUGGUGGGAGGACACAACGACGGCCAUGAGGACACUUAUGGAAACAGCUCCAGGGACAGUACUCUUAUGAUGCGUGAGAAACUCAGAGAUCGAAGGCGGAGCUCUGCUGCCAGCAUCGGAUUCAUGGGCAUUGCCAGUCUGUUCUCUGGCGACGCCCAACUUCCUGAUUUGGUGCAGCAGAGCACCUCCCCCUUUGUCUCCCCCAGCCAACUCUGCAGGGUCCAAUAUGGGAUGGGAGGUGGUGGCAGCGGCGGCUCCAAGGCUUCAUUUACACCGUUCGUUGAUCCACGCGUCUACGGGACGUCUCCAACUGAGGACGAGAAUAGCUCUGCUUCAGCUCUGUUUGUGGAUGAGCUGCUGAAGCACGAGCACGAGCAGGAGCAGGCACGACUAAACGAGGCCAGAAAGAUCUCUGUGGUCAACGUCAACCCGACCAACAUCAGGCCACACAGCGACACACCUGAGAUCCGCAAAUACAAGAAACGCUUCAACUCCGAGAUCCUGUGUGCGGCGCUGUGGGGAGUCAACCUGCUGGUGGGGACAGAGAACGGCCUGAUGCUGCUGGACCGCAGUGGUCAGGGGAAAGUCUACAACCUGAUCAACAGGCGACGCUUCCAACAGAUGGACGUCCUGGAGGGACUCAACGUCCUGGUCACCAUCUCAGGGAAGAAGAACAAGCUGCGUGUUUACUACCUGUCCUGGCUCAGGAACAGGAUAUUACACAACGACCCUGAAGUAGAGAAGAAACAGGGCUGGAUCACCGUAGGAGAACUGGAGGGCUGUGUGCACUACAAAGUCGUGAAGUACGAGAGAAUUAAGUUCUUGGUCAUCGCUCUAAAGAACUCUGUGGAGAUAUAUGCCUGGGCCCCAAAACCUUACCACAAGUUCAUGGCUUUCAAGUCCUUCACAGAUUUGCAACAUCGCCCUCUGCUGGUGGACCUGACUGUUGAGGAAGGGCAGAGGUUGAAAGUUAUCUAUGGCUCCAGUGUUGGCUUCCAUGUCAUCGAUGUUGACUCUGGAAACCCCUACGACAUCUACAUCCCUUCACAUAUUCAGGGUCAGGUGACUCCUCACGCUAUCGUAGUCCUGCCCAAGACAGACGGAAUGGAGAUGCUGCUGUGCUACGAGGAUGAGGGCGUCUACGUCAACACGUACGGACGUAUCACCAAAGACGUGGUGCUGCAGUGGGGGGAGAUGCCCACCUCUGUUGCCUACAUCCACUCAAACCAGAUCAUGGGUUGGGGAGAAAAGGCCAUUGAAAUUCGCUCUGUUGAGACAGGACACUUGGACGGAGUCUUCAUGCACAAACGAGCUCAGAGGCUAAAGUUUCUGUCGGAGAGGAAUGAUAAGGUGUUUUUUGCCUCAGUUCGCUCUGGAGGUAGCAGCCAAGUCUUCUUUAUGACGCUGAACCGAAGCUCCAUGAUGAAUUGGUAAUGUCUGAGGUCCUCCUCUUCCUCACGGUGGAUGUUGCUGCACAGCAAGUGCGAUGGACAACUGGAGGACAAUGUAUGUGUUUGUGUGUAUGUAUGUGUGCGUGUCUGUGUGUGUGUGCUAGUGCUUGUUGAGAACACACAACUAGCUGCUGACCCGAAAAUGGUGCAACAAAAUGAGGAGUCAAAAAAACCUGCAGGAAUGUGGAGGACUCUGUUCUCCCUAACUGUAGGAGGCGCUGCAGGCCUAUAUAGCCUGAACAAUCAUGACUGCACACACUGUCCUAGAACAACACCAUCCAUCAACAUCCCUGCUGCACUGUUGGAUUAAGAUGAUGGUUCUUUCUAAGAUGUCAAAAAGGACACGGAUGCCUCGCCGAGUAGCCUUUGACUUUGGAUGGACAGGAAGUUCUUUGUGUAGCACAUCAGUGACAGUGUGUUGGACACUGCACAGACGUCCACGUGUGCUGGUGUCUGUUCAUGUAGCAUCAGUGCAAGACAAUUUAGAUUUCAAGAUCAACCACUUGUCGUAGGUCGGCUGGACGUUGUCGUCUACCUUUAAAAGUAUCUCCAAAAAAGAGAGUAGUAGUUCUGCUUCAAAGUUCUUUUGGUGUCCCUGCUAGAGAGACAUACACAUGCAAGUAUUUGGUAAUGGCUUUUUGGCAGACAUGGUCUAUUCAUCAGUGGUUAGAAAAGAAGUGUCUGUCAUGAAAACUUUAUAGCAUGAGUCUCAGAUGCCACUGGAGUGAUGGUGUGUCACCCUGUCUAAUGUGGUUGUCAUCUAAAAAUGUUAAAAAAAACAACCAUCCUGGUUUUAAAAGUGAACUGAAAACAAAGGAAGUAGGACUUUUGUUUAGUUGUCAACAGACAGUGAGACAACUGCUUGUGAAAAAAAAGACAAAUCCAUGUUAACUUGAUGGUUGAAUCGGGCAAAUUCUCACUAGAUUUCCUCACUGGGCUGUUGUUUUUCUCAAUAUAAAAGCCUCACUAAGUUAAAAAAAAAAAGAUUUGGUAAAACUCAGUUAUCACACCUGUCUGAUCGGAGCUCCCGUACAGGAAUUAAUGUGAUCUAAUUGAGAUGUAGCCCAGGACCAUUGAAGACUCUUGGUAAAUUCUAUAGUUGCUUUGUUUACUGACAUUAGUGUUGUUGACAAAACUGACUGCAGACGCUGUAGACCAAUAGCUUCUGUGCAUCUGUGGACGGACAACAAGGUGACAACCAGACAUCAUCUGGUUUCAUCAGUCUAAGUCACAAACAUCUGGUUCUAGUGUGGGCUAAUCACCGUGUCAUACCCAGUAUGGAGCCUUCCGUGUGAGGGGCUGCUGCACUGUUAAACUCUCAAGUCAUUUUUUUUCCUCCUCAAAACCCUCCUUCUUGAAUCUGAUGCAGAGAAAACAGCUGAGUUUCAUGACGCACGAUUAAAAACACACAGUUUAGGAAAAGCUGCUCAAAGACUGUGAAACCAGUUUGCAAUCCGAUGACUGACUUUGCACUCAGACUUUCUGUUUGAAACUCUCAUGUUUGGGGCAGACAGUGAUCAUUCUUUGACCACCUGUUCUCUUUACUCACCUCUGAGUACAACAAAAAAUGUUUAACAUUCAGCUUAAUUUACUUUAUAACAACAAAUUUGCUGUAACUGGUGAAAAUGUAACACAAGCUGAAGCAAGAACAACACCUUCUGAAAAAAA